CGCGCGCGCGGAGCGCUGGGAACGGCGCGCGGUCGCUGUGUACGGCGGUUGCCGUGACAACAGACCGGUCGGUCGGAUGGCGAUGGCCUCUAACUUUAAGAAGGCAAACAUGGCUUCAGCUGCCCAGAGAAAAAAGAUGAGCCCUAAGCCAGAGCUGACUGAGGAGCAGAAGCAGGAGAUCCGGGAAGCUUUUGAUCUCUUCGAUGCGGACGGAACAGGAACCAUAGAUGUUAAGGAACUUAAGGUGGCAAUGAGGGCACUUGGCUUUGAGCCCAAGAAAGAAGAAAUCAAGAAAAUGAUAAGUGAAAUCGAUAAGGAUGGGACAGGGAAAAUGAACUUUAGUGACUUUUUGACUGUCAUGACUCAGAAAAUGUCUGAGAAAGAUACCAAAGAAGAAAUCCUGAAGGCUUUCAAGCUGUUCGAUGAUGACGAAACUGGGAAGAUCUCUUUCAAGAAUCUGAAGCGCGUGGCCAAGGAGCUGGGCGAGAACCUCACGGACGAGGAGCUGCAGGAAAUGAUCGACGAGGCGGAUCGUGAUGGAGACGGAGAGGUGAGCGAGCAGGAGUUCCUGCGCAUCAUGAAGAAGACCAGCCUCUACUAGCCAGGCGCCGCCUUCUGCCGCGAGCCAUGCGCCUGCGUGUCGAGCCUGCCGCUGUGUAAACCUGGCUUUGGGACACAAACUGUCCCCCACCAACCGCGCUGUGCAACUCCCACUGACCUCGAUGUGUUUUAGGCCUGAGGAAGCGCUCGAUGGUGGAGGCCCUCUGCUGAGGCCCGCACCCCGCGCCAGGAGCGCACACUAGAGUGCAGAAGAAGGCCUCAGGGCUUUCAGCCACCUGCUGCUUGCGUCACGUGGCUCACUCUGGCUCCACAUCCCGUGUCGCGCGAGCACACAAGGCUUCUCAGAUGAGCACGUGCCCCGUCGCCACAGGCUGGGCCCUCUUCAUGCUUCCAGUCCCCCGACACCCGAGUGCAGUUUCCUUUUUAUAAAGCCCGUGAAUCGUUUCCCUUGCACUUGGUCGUGUCUUUGUGCCACUUGUUUCGUGUUGAAAUAAAGUCUUUCUUACUUUGA